AUGAAGGUAUUUGUGUGUUUAUUGGCAGUUUGUGCCAUUGCGAAUGCAGGCAUUAUUGGCGGCGGCGGCGGUGGUUGGUCCAGCGGCGGAGGCGGUGGUGGCGGCUGGUCCAGCGGCGGCGGCGGCGGUGGCGGCGGCAGUGUCAAGAUUGUGAAGAUCAUUGAUGCUGGUUCCGGCGGCCAUGGUGGCGGCGGCGGCGGUGGUGGUUGGUCAAGUGGUGGAGGCGGCGGUGGCGGCUGGUCUGGUGGUGGUGGCGGCGGCGGUGCCGAUGUCAAGAUCAUCAAAGUCAUCUCACAUGGUGGUGGUGGCGGCGGCGGCGGCGGCGGUUGGUCUAGCGGUGGUGGUGGUGGCGGUUGGUCCAGCGGCGGCGGCGGUGGCGGCUGGUCUAGCGGUGGUGGUGGCGGCGGCGGCUCCGUCAAGAUCAUUAAGGUCAUCUCGGAAGGAGGUAGCGGUGGCGGCGGCGGCGGCGGUUGGUCCAGCGGUGGCGGCGGUGGUUGGUCUAGCGGUGGUGGCGGUUGGUAA